AUGUCCACAAAUGAAGCCUCCCAAGCUGUCCAUCAGAUGAGGGCGGCAGGGUCUAUUUUAUCUGCAUCAGAAGCCGCUAUAGCCAGACAACCCCAACUAUAUCGCCCUUCUGAACUCCGCACAAUCCAUGGUAUAUUACCCCCAACCGAGUCUGUCCUAGAGUUCGAGCUUAAUGCACGCCAUCCAUUCGCCUAUCCUCCACUAGAGCCACUGGAUUUAAAAUCUGUAGCCAUCGACGGCUGGUUCUGCUUCGAGGAUCAACCGUUCGCUCGAAAUAGACCUAGCCCGCGUAACCACUCAACACCCGAGGAGACAGGAACAAGAAUUUUGUCUGUAGCCACUUCUGAACCAAUGCCGGAUUGGCAGCUUUGCGAUUCCCGCCUUACACUUCUCGAUAUGGCCUAUUGGAGCAAGAUACCUAUCGACAAUCCAUUUGUUUCCAGGAUCCUUUCUCAUUUCCUUACGGCACACUUUCCUUUAUUUCCUUGCUUUGAUAUGAAUCUUUUCCUCGACGAUAUGAUACAGCGAAAUACCGAUUGUUGUUCGACAUUCCUCGUUGCAAGUAUAAUGUCGAUUGCAUGCCAAUCCUUUAGCGCAUUCGAUAUUCGUUCAGCCCCUCUCAGUAUUUCAUUUGAGCAAGAGGCUCGGCUGUUAUGGGAAACUGAGCGACAUAACGAUUCUUCGACUAAUUUGGCUGCGAUGGCGUUUUUAUCUAUGUCUGGCGGGAUGGCUGGUCGUGAGGAGUUAAUGCUGCAGACACUGGCGGAUAUUCGAGCUAUGGCAGCAAGGAUGAAUUUAUUCGGAAUACGGGUCAGCGACGAAGCGCUCAAAUUCUUUCAUGAGCUCCCACCGGACAAGUUCAGGGCAUUAGCAUCUGCCGCUUGGGGGGCGUAUGGGUGGUUAACAUUCUAUUCAACGCACUAUGCCGCUGAUCCAAUUAACUAUCCACCCGCACUGCCUGUUCCUGGCGAUACGAACAGGCAAAGCGGUGGGUUGGUUUGGCCACCUCACCCAAUACCAGAGUUUCUAGGACACAACAUAACAAACAUAUGCAAGCUAUGGCCCAUCAUCCAGGGUUUUGGACAUGUUUAUUCGUUCACAAAUCCUGUGCCGCUAUCGGAAAGGGUGACUCUGGCUUUUGCUGAAUCUACGUACCAGAAAUUUCUGGCUUGGGCAGAUGCUCUCGAUUUGAAAAUGAAACGCAAUGACAACAGUGUCUCUCAUGUCUAUUUCUUUCAUGCGCUCUACCAUGCUAGCAUUGUCAGGUUAUUUCAACCUUUUCUUCAUGCCUCGGCGCAUACACGACUCAAGAGCUUCAAUUCAAGAGAUUGCACCCCAGCUUCGAUAUAUAUGGCAUCCAUACGGCAGCUCAAACGUUUACUCAUCUGGUAUUUAACUAACGCCGGUCGACAUUCUGAUAACGGCUGGUUCACCGUCGCUGUGCUCCAAGUCAUGAGUGCAACACUGUGGAACACCAAUGCUCCAGAUUGGAAAGUCUAUUUCCAGCUCUGCUUCAACUUCUGGAAAGAAGCAUACAUACGCUAUCGCAUUUACUUGAACAUAGCCAAGGCAAAUUUGUAUUUCGCCCUUCAACUAGGGGUAAUUGAAAGGGACACGGCCGUUGCCAUGGUUAAUGAACUACGUGCGGUCGGCGCGCACCAUGUUGAUCCUGAAAAUGCCAUAAAUAGAGCCAUUGCAGAUCAUCAGAUAGCGGCCAAGGACUUCAAAGAUUCCAAGGUGGACGCCAUGGCAAACGAGUUUACGGACCUGACUGUGUCGCAUCGUACCGGGGACGUGGAAUGCAAUACGGACGACGCGGCCUCUUCUCAUGAAAGCGAGGUAGCGCCCUCUCAUAACUGGCUCAAGACUGUAUUAAACUAG